CCGACACUUUUGGUGACCACCCAUGACCUGUCCGAGCAAGCCACGCGGUAUGUAAUUUACACUCAGUCGCAGCUGUUGUGGUGGUAAAAGCUGAGAGUGAUCGCUCGCCGCCAUCAUUCAAGACACAAUUGAUUUCUCUGACUCCAAGACACCCUUUGACCUCCACACCAACAUCCCCGUCCGUGUUAUCUUCUUUUGGGAGCAUUGAUCUCCCCAAUUGUUCCGAGCUCUUAUAUUCGUCAUCGAAGCUCAUGAAGCUGUGAUCCUCUCCCUACCACCGAUAAUUUUCUUUCUCUUGGGUGGCUCUACCAAGCACCACCCCGAUAUCAACCCUUCCUCAGCACUGGGAUCGACCACCCCCGACCUCCCAGUUCCGCCUCUUCUCUUGUUCUAUUUUAAUACAUAAACCGCACAUACGCGAUGGAGGGUCAGAACGAGAACGAUGAGCUCUACCCCAUCGCGGUACUCAUCGACGAGUUGAAGCACGAUGAUGUACUCCUCAGACUGAAUGCCAUCCGUCGUCUAUCCACGAUCGCCCUGGCUCUAGGCCCCGAGAGGACCCGGGACGAGCUUAUCCCAUUCCUGGACGAUUCCGUUGAGGACGAAGACGAAGUUUUGACCGCGCUGAGCGAGGAGCUGGGUAACUUUACAGAGUAUGUUGGGGGGCCAGAACACGCGCACGUGCUUCUGUCACCGCUGGAGAACCUGGCGGCGAUCGAGGAGCCUCUAGUCCGGGAGAAGGCUGUAGAGUCGCUCAACAAGGUCUGCGAUCAGCUGUCAGAAGGUCAAGUUGAAGAGCAUUUCGUCCCGCUGGUUCUCCACCUCUCCAAGGCCGACUGGUUCACUUCCAAGGUCUCCGCAACAGGUCUAUACUGCUCACCAUACCGAAAAGCGCCGGCGCUGCAGCAGAGCCUCCGACAGCAUUUCGGAGCCCUCGUACACGAUGAAACCCCAAUGGUCCGCCGUCAAGCCGCCAACAACCUGGCAAAGUUCGUGAAGGAGAUGCAGACUGACGUGAUUAUCGAUGAAAUGAUACCCCUCUUCCAAUACUUGGCCAGCGAUGACCAGGACAGCGUGCGUCUGUUGACUGUGGACAUCUUGAUCGCGAUCGCAGAGGAGAUUCCCAAAGAGCAGCAGCCCAGUCAUGGCGUACUUUUGACGUCGCUGCGCAAUCUCUUUGAGGAUAAGAGCUGGCGGGUUCGCUACAUGGUUGCUGAUAGAUACGAGAAGAUUGCCAAGGCUGUGCACGAGGAGGUUGUUACACGUGAUAUGGUGCCUGCAUUUGUCAAGCUUUUGAAGGAUACCGAGGCUGAAGUCCGCACUGCAAUUGCUGGCCAGAUUCCUGGAUUCUGCAGCUUGAUUGACCGUGAUACGCUGCUUAAUGAGAUCAUGACUAGUGUGGAAGACCUGGUUUCUGAUCAGUCCCAGCAUGUUCGUGCUGCCCUCGGCACUCAGAUCAGCGGUCUGGCGCCUAUUCUUGGGAAGGAAGAGACUAUUGCCCAUUUGCUUCCCAUGUUCCUCCAGAUGCUUAAGGAUGACUUCCCCGACGUUCGCCUGCACAUCAUUUCCAAGCUCGAGCAGGUCAACAAGGUUAUUGGCAUCGACCUCCUCUCUCAAUCUCUCCUUCCUGCGAUUGUCCAGCUGGCCGAGGACAAGCAGUGGCGCGUGCGCCUUGCUAUCAUCGAAUACAUCCCCCUCCUCGCUAGCCAACUAGGAGUCAAGUUCUUUGAUGAGCAAUUGAGUGAUCUUUGCAUGGGAUGGCUUGGAGACACCGUCUUCUCCAUCCGAGAGGCUGCCACUCAGAAUUUGAAGAAGCUUACCGAGGUAUUCGGUGUGGAAUGGUCCAAGGAGUCCAUUAUCCCCAAGGUGAUGGCUAUGGGCCAGCACCCCAACUACCUUUACCGCAUGACUACAUGCUUCGCCGUUUCUACCCUUGCCCCCGUCGUCACACUCGAUAUCAUCGAGAGCGCCCUCCUCCCUAUCCUGGAUCGACUUGUGGCAGACGAGAUCCCUAACAUUCGCUUCAAUGUCGCCAAGUCCUAUGCCGUCCUGAUUGACACCCUGCGCCGCCUGCCGGAGGAUAAGACUCUGGUCGAGGUUGAGAAGUCUGAGGAGACUAUUACCCCUUCGCCUAAGGCGCAAGAGUUGAUCCAGCAAAAAGUUCUGCCCAGCCUGGAGAAGCUGCAGGAGGAUGAUGAUGUUGAUGUCCGCUAUUUCGCAACCACUGCCGGGGGCAAUCAGGAGGAGUCCAUGCAAACGUCCCCUUAAGAUCAGUUGUCGGAUGACUUGGUGCCGGUAACACCGCAUGAGACUACUCUCUUUUCAGAUCGCCUCUCCCAGAUCGGCGAAACAAACGACGACAGAGCGCCUGCGGAAUAGCUUGGGAAUGAGCGAAAGGGGUAUUCUGUCAGUUUAGAGAAUAGCCAGAUUUGGGUUGAGAUGUCUUGAUGGCGUUUUUAAUGUAGAGGUCUUUUCUUUACUCCAUGCAUAACCGAAUCGUCUAUUCCCGCUUGAGGUAAUCAUAAAAAGCACUCACGCCAGUUUGAAUGAUUUUACUCCUUGAACAUGCAGCACGAUCGUAAAAACGCCUGGCUCUAGAUCAUUCUGGGAGUUUUCAUUACAAGUCGCCCUA